AUGCAUGCCCGGGUUGCUGGAUGCGUACCGAGCCCGUCCGCCCGCGCGCCGCGGCCCAGGCACUUCGGCCCUUGCGCCCCGAGCGUGGCCCGCGACGGCCGAGGGGCGGCCGCCGGGCGCGCUGGCGCGGCCACGGGCCUCGUGCCCGGGCUGCCUUUUCAGAGGCUCAAUGGCAAGGCAGUGCGUGCCAGGGCCUCGGCAGAUGGCUCCCUCACGCCGAAGAGCGAGAGACGCUGUCGGCAGGCCGCGUCCGGGGCUCGCGCUGCUGGGGAGGACCAGAGGUUGAAUUCCUCUGGGGCUCGCCUGAGCCCAGUCGAGGGCCACCGGGAGGAGGCCGAGGAGGAGGUUCGUGCGUGGCAAGAAGAUGAAUCUUAG